AAUACAGGAAAUCUGUAAUGUUUACAAGUCAGUCGCAUUAAAACAGGAAUCGAUUUCAUUUUGAUUAAAAUACUGCAGCUCGUCAACAUGUGCUUAUUGCUCGGUGCAACUGGAGUAGGAAAAACGCUAUUACUAAAGCGACUACAGAAGUUGUGCCAGAUGGAUCCAUGCGCAGAUUUGGGUGAAGCGCCAGUCACGCUGCCCACGGUCGGCACCAACCUCACUGACCUCAUAUUAAAGAAAAAGAAGAAGAUAACAGUGCGAGAAUUAGGAGGCUGUAUGGGACCCAUUUGGCCAAAAUACUACUUGGAUUGCAAAUCUGUUAUUUUUGUGGUGGACUGUGCGAAUGUUGAACAGAUUUCGUCGUCCUGCGUCCAGCUGCUUUCUGUUCUCUCUGCGGAGUCUCUGCUCUCUGCUGCUGUGCUUAUACUCUUCAACAAGAGGGAUCUUCUAUGCAGCAUGUCUCUAGUUGAGCUGAAGUCACUGUUUAGGAUGGAUGACAUCAUCAGAAGUGCAUCUCAGUUUGUCACCACUCUAGAGGUCAGUGCUCGCUCCGGUCAGGGCCUGCAGGACGUGCUCCACUGGCUUUCCUCAAACCUCUCUGACACUUGAGUGAUUAGCAUGAAGAAAGCGGUGGGCUUAAUAUCACAGAACACAGUAGAUAUCUGACAAAUGUGACGUGAAGCUGAUUUACAGGGUAACCUCGACUCAGCCCAAGGCUCGUUCAAACACAUUAGUUUGAGGACUGAUCGACUGGUGAUGGACUCAUGGAUAAUUUCUCUGCUCUGAGGAAAACAGUUUAGUUUGAAGAAACUAAGAUUUGCACAAUGAAAAUAAACCAUGGUAGCAACAUGCUGAGAAGCUCUGAAAUGGUAAAAAAAAAUAUAAGACUCCGAUCUUGUGUUCCACUGAAUGAGAAAUGCAUUGUUCUUUGGACUAUUAGUCAUUUCUUCUCAACGCUUUGAGUCCCAGAAGAUAUUUGCUACCAUUUUCACAAUAUGAUCAUGUUGCUCAUCAAGAUUGAUGUCCUUUUCUACUUUAUUAAUUUUAGUUUGUGGUGGACUGCGUGUUGCCAUCAAUAAAGCUGUUUGAGCUGUA